GGGGUGGGGGGGGAGCUUCGUGCCACUUCUCCUGUACAGCUUCUUUUUUUAUGUGGCUAAACAUGAAUUUUACGAGGAGGGACGAAGACUUUGCGGCCGCUUCAAGGCUCCUAUUCCAGGAGAAAGGAUUAAACCCCGCAGAGAGCCUCACAACGGACCGGCAGCAGCCACUUUUAGGAUUGUAACGUUUUCCGCAGCCCGAUGAAUCGCUUCAGUUCCACAGGAAAGCAGAAAAAUAACAGAAACUGAUGUUUCAUUGAACUGAAGGGCCGGGGAAGUAAACAGAAAGAGUGUUUGGGUCUCAGCGACACUGACCAGCGCCUCUACAUCUUGGAGCACCUUGAGGACCUGCUGAGGCUGCAGGAAGGCCAGAACCAGGAGUUGAACCGCCUGCCACCAUAAGGCUUCUACUACCUUACACCCGACCACCUUCACCCACAACAACAGCAUCCACCCCAUCUUUAUGCUCACCCUUACCAAGCCCCGCCCAGGCCUCGUGGUGGGCCCGCAGCAGCAUCACAGUAUGAGCAGCUGUUGCCACUGAUGCCCCUGGGAGAGCGCAGUGAGAACAGCCACACAGAUGUUUCGGAAAAAAGCAUCUUCCUCCUUGAGAAUGAGAAGAAUAACAGAAAGCGCUAGAUGGAGCAUUGACCGUGGGCGGAGCUUGUCCUUCCAUGAGGUGCGUGGCCAACGGGAGGCAGAGAUGAGGGCCGCAGCUGAUGAGUCGUCCAACAGCAGCAACAGUGUAGGAGGUGGUGGCAGCACCGUCCUGCAGCGCCUCCUGCAGGAGCAGAUGAACCGGAAUUACGUGCUGCAACAGCAGCAGCAACAACAUCAACACCAGGGAGGAGGGGGAGGGGGAGGAGGUUAUCCAGGACAGGGACAGGUAGGCCCUUCUGAUGAUCACUCCAUGACCCCCCACAUUGCCCGUCAGGAACCCCAGGGACAGGAGCUGCAGACGGACAACGGCCUGGAGAAGCUGGGCUCCACCAGAGUUGGAGGAGGGGGUGGCAGCAGUGGAGGUGGGGGAGGUUUAUCGACUGGAGGAGGCAGCGGAGGUGGUGGGAGCAGCCAAGGGCAGUGCCUGAACCCAGAGGACCUCCCUACCUACGAAGAGGCCAAAGUGCAGUCACAAUAUUUCCGUGGUCAUGGGCCUCCUCCUCAGCCUCAGCAGCAGAACAACCAGCCCCAGCAGCCUUCUCUCCCUGCCUCAGUGGGUGCCGCCUUCUACGUCACUGGGAUGACCAGCGGCAAGGUGCGCACUGAGGGUCGCCCCACAGUGCAGCGAGUGAACGGCGCGGGGAAGGUGCACCAGGAUGAUGGGCUUAAGGAUCUGAAGCAAGGACACGUUCGGUCUCUCAGCGAACGACUAAUGCAGCUCUCCCUGGCCACAAGUGGUGUGAAGGCCCAUGCCCCUGUCAGUAGCGCCCCACUCUCCCCCCUGUUGCCCCCCCCAGGGCCGCCAGGCGACUACUACAAACCACAGCAUCGUGGCCCACCUCCAGACUAUCCCUUCAAAGGAAUGGGCUCACCUACUAAGCAGCAGGAGCCUGGAGGCCAUUUUUACCAGGAGCAGAGAGGGAGGGAGCACUCAAGGGAGGUGCCCCACGUUCGAUACCAGCCUCCACCUGAGUACGGCUCAUUCAGGUCUAGUAAAGAGGGAUCGGUUCAUUCCCAGAGGCCCCUUCACCAGCACAGUCCCACCUCCUCCGUCACCUCUGUGGGCUCCUUGUCCCGCACCCAGUCCUCCACUCUCAGCAGCAUGCUCAGUGCCUCCCACUCCUCACAUCCCUCCUUCCCUCACCAGCAACCACAUAACCAGGGAGAACCCUUUCCCAGCAUGGGGCCCCGCAAUACACAGGGUCCCGGCUCCCACCAAGCAAGCGAGCCCUUUACUCUGGGGCCCAUUCACCCGACACCACCAAGAGGUCACGGUUUCCCUCAUGACCCCUACGGCUCCACCCCACGAAUGCACCAUCAGCAGCAGCAGCAGCAGCAGCAGCAGCAGCAGCAGCAGCACCACCACCAUCAGUAUCAGCAGCAGCAGCAGCAGCAGUACCAAGGACCUCCACAUCCCCACCUCCAGCCGCCAGUCCAGGUCGGACAUUUCCCCCACCCGCACUCCUACUCCCACAUGCAGGGGGAGCCCUUUGCUAUGAUGGCGCGCGCACACCAGAUGGCAGAUGUGCUGGCAGAGGAGAACAGGAUGCUGAGACAGGAGAUGGAGGCCUGCCGCGAGAAGGUCACCAAGUUGCACAAGUUGGAAACAGAGAUCCAGCUGGUGUCAGAGGCCUAUGAAAACCUCGCCAAGUCCUCCUCCAAGAGGGAGGCCCUGGAGAAAACCAUGAGAAACAAGCUGGAGCUGGAGGUGCGCCGGCUGCAUGACUUCAACAGGGACCUCCGAGAGCGCAUGGAGACGGCCAAUAAGCAGCUUGCUGCUAAAGAGUGUGAUGGCUCAGAGGACAACCGCAAAACCAUCUCCCAACUGCUUGCACAGAACAAAGAGACGCUGCGUGAAAAGGAGAAGCUGGAGAUGGAGUUGAACGCGUUGCGCUCUACCACAGAAGACCAGAGAAGACACAUUGAGAUCAGAGACCAGGCGCUCAACAACGCCCAGGCCAAAGUGGUCAAGCUGGAAGAGGAGCUGAAGAAGAAGCAGGUUUACGUGGAGAAGGUGGAGAGGAUGCAGCAGGCCCUGGCUCAGCUCCAGGCAGCCUGUGAGAAGAGAGAACAACUCGAGCAUCGACUCCGUACAAGACUGGAGAGAGAGCUGGAGUCGCUACGCAUGCAGCAGCGUCAAGGAUUCUCCCAAAGCAGUGGUGCAGUCCCAUCAGAGUACAACGCCACAGCACUGAUGGAGCAUCUGAGGGAGAAGGAAGAGCGGAUCCUGGCUCUGGAGGCCGACAUGACCAAAUGGGAGCAGAAGUACUUGGAGGAGAGCGUAAUGAGGCAGUUUGCCCUGGAUGCCGCCGCCUCUGUUGCCACUCAGAGGGAUACAUCUGUAGCAGUGAUCAGCCAUUCUCCCAGCAGCAGCUAUGACACAUCGGUUGAGGCUCGAAUCCAAAAGGAAGAAGAGGAGAUUCUCAUGGCCAAUCGGCGCUGUCUGGACAUGGAGAGCAGGAUAAAGAAUCUCCAUGCCCAGAUCAUAGAGAAGGACGCUAUGAUCAAGGUGCUUCACCAGCGCUCCAGAAAGGAACCCAUCAAGUCAGACGCGCCAUCUGCCAUGAGGCCGUCCAAGUCUCUGAUGUCCAUCUCCAACACUGGCUCCGGUGGUUCAGGACUGCUCUCCCACAGCCUAGGACUUAGUAGCUCGCCCAUUACCGAAGAACGCAAGGACACCAGCUGGAAGGGCAGCCUCGGGGUUCUGCUGGGUCCUGAGUUUCGUACAGAGUCUCUGAGGACAGAGUCUAUCUCAUCAUCCCCCUCCCCAGUGCUUCCUUCCACCCCGAUGGCCGCAGGCCACUCGAAGACAGGCAGCAGAGACAGCUGCACGCAAACCGAGAAGGGCCAGAGUCAGGACACCAGCAAGCCCAGCACUCCAGCCCUGCAGAGCAUGACGCUGCCUGCCCGCCUGUCCAGUCCCAGUCCUGUCUACAUCCCUGACCGCAUAGCAGAUGUGCCAGUGUUUCACAGCAGCACCCUGGAGCGGAGGUUCCCUGUCCAGUCCCACCCACAGCAACAGGCACCUCCUCCAGCUCUGCCCACCCAACAGGAAGUGGACAACGACAUGGUGGAGAUCCUCAUCUGAACCUAUGACCUCUGGAAAAAAAUCAUCCAAACAAAUGAGUGGAUGGCAGCUCUACCAGGCAAACACAGUGACAGACAUGUCAAUUUUGCCAGCUCAGUCUGUGUUUGACUGACCCACACCAACACACAUUUUCAUUCUCAUAUUCACACGUGCAUUCAUUCAAACACUUCCAGCGUGACUGCAGGUUCUCACAUUUCCUUCACUGAACCGCUGUUUAUCAUCCAUCAUAUUAGGAUAGCCAGAAAUAAGUAGUAGAAGGCAGAAAAGAUCUUGUCUCAUCUCAGUGGUUUCCUAAAUGUGUAUUAAGAGGAUGUGAACGUAAAAAUGUAAAAGUUCAUAGCCCCAUAUUUAUUUUUCAAAUGCAUCUUUGUAAGCUGCCUUAGUGCUGUCUUUUUCACAAUGAUGUGACACAUUUAACUUGUCGACUGAUGUUUGAAGUUGAACGAGCUGAAGGGUUAGGCAUAACCUUUUUUUUAAAGGUUGACACAGUUGACAUUAAUGAGAUAGAAAAACUAUAAAAAGGAGUGGGCAAAGAUACAAGCCAAAAUCUUCCUUAAAAUUCAACAUAAAGAGCAUCCACAUACACAUGCAUUUUGAACUUUUCCAUUUAAGGUGAAGGAUUUCUCUCUUUGUCCCUGUUGUGUGACUCCCUGGGGUCAAUGUCUAAGAUUUUGUUUAAAUGCACUACUUUUUGACCUGGGGUGUUUAGUGUCAUUGUUAGUGUAUGUACAGAGUAAUUGUGUCCAUAUUAACGGCAGCAACAAUGGCAUAUCAGCAUGUUUGCAAAAAAUUACAAGCAAAUGAUUAAUGAUGAGGAAACUGGCUUUGCUACAAUGAUUUAGCUGUGAGGGGAAGCAGCUUGUUGCCUGGAGACAUGAGAGAGGUGUGUAAACUGUCCUGUACAGUGUUGCUUGAGGCUCAUUAGCUCCAUUGGACCAAAUGUAUCAGCGACAUUAUUAUUAUUAUUUUUUAAUGGUAGUUAGACAUGACACUUGGGUGAUCAGUAAUGAUGUAAACUAUAAACAUUGUUAAUUGUGUAAGUAGGGUAAAUACUUUGUGUAUGUACUGUCAUGGCUGUGGAGGGUUCUGACAGCUAAGCCUUUCAGUCGUUACAUUUCCACAACUAUUGAAUUAGGCAGUUUGGAUGUUGCCUUUUUGUUAGCAGACUUGUUUUGCUCCAUGGUUGGUGCAAAGUAACUGGCCCUGUUUGGUACUGGCACAAGCGCGCUGACAUCUCUCCCUGAGUAAAACUACUCAAUCUGAUGAGCUUUCCCUUUUUUGUUAAUCAGUUGACAUAGCCCUCCUCCCUGUACACCAAGCUGUAAACUCAUCUCCUCAAUGGCAACAAAUGUUCAUUUUCCUGUCAGAGAUGCAUUUAAAAUAUAGGAUAUAGGAUGAACAACACUAAAGUGUAUCGUAGCAGAAAAGGGAUACCUUGGCCAACUGAAGUCAAAGUGCUGCAUGGAUCAGUAAAUACGCACAGUUGUUUACGAAACACUGAAAGCAGGUUUUCCUGAACAGUUCUUUCACCUAGCUCCUAAAAUGGCCAUGUGUAAUUAGAUAGCGUUUAUUAUCAUGAAUAAAAUGUAGCUCUGUGAACGUGUAGUUAGACACACAAACUAACCUGCUUUCUCUUGGCUGCCUCCCUGCCUGGACAACAUGAAUGUUCUGCUUUUACUGUAGUUAAUGCAAUAUCGUUAUUUCAGCUGAAACACCUUACCAUGUUGCUUCACUAGAUUUUAAUCAUAUACUUGCAGUAAAUACAUGUGUAAAUAGGCAGUGUUUUUACUGUUCUUUAUCUUAUUUAAUUUGUAACACCUUAUCCUGUUAAUUCACAACAUUUAAUUAUAUACUCACGACGACAAAUAGCUUUGAUAUCAUCCUA